AUGGAUGAGAAAGAGGCCAGCUUCCGCAGAAAGUUAGAGGCUUUCCAGACCCAGGCGGCCUCCCUCGUCCAGCUGACCAAGCAGUACCAGGAGCUCCAGGCCCGGUUCGACUCGGCCCAGAAUGACCUCCGGAACCGGUUCCGGGAAGUCAGGGCACGGGAAGACCGAAUAGGAGUCAAAGAGAAGGAGGCGAAAUCGAGUAAGAGCCACUUGCUGUCCCUGAAAUCUCUGAUUAAGAAACAUGUAGAUGAGCUUGAUUUGUUGACUGUGAGAGUUAGGGAGAAGAGGGAGGCGUUUGCAGUGGCAGAGAUUCGGAUUCGGGAGAAGAAAGAUGAGUGUGAGUUUGUUGAGAGAUGUCUAAAUGGGAAGAGGAGAGUGUGUGUUUUGAAACAAAGGGAGAUUGAGGAGUGUGAGAAGGAGGUGGAAUCGAAAAGGGGGGAGCUUGGUUUGAUUGAGAAAUUGAGGGAGGAGAUGAUCAGGGAGAUGGAUUCAAGAGCGAAAGAGUUUCGCUUUCUUGAGAAGGCGAUGGAGGAUUGGUGUAGUAGGCUUGAAUUGAAAGAGAGGGAGAUUGAGGGGCUGUGUGAGAAGUUUGAAUUGAGGACGCAAGAGUUUGAGCUGAGAGUUGAGGAGAUUGGUGUUAUGGAGAAGAAGGUGGAGGAGUGCCUUGAUGAGAUUGUGAUUAAAGAGAGGUAUUUGGAUUCUGUCUCCAAAGAGUUUGAAAUGUUUGCUUCUCGAGUUAAGAGUGAGCAGUUGGAAAAAGAAAACCAUUUUGCUUCACUUGAGAAAUCGAUGGAAGAACGAGAGAAGACCUUGAAUGUACUUAAAAAAUCGAUACAGGAACGCGAAAAGUCUUUGAAUUCUGUCUCAUAUGAAGUGAAGAUGAAAGAGGGGCAGCUUGAGGAGCAAGCUGAAGAGUUGGAGUUGUUUGCUUCUUGCGUGAAGGCUGAGCAUUUGAAAAAGGAGAAGCAUUUUGCUUCAGUUGAAAAAUUGAUGGAAGAACGAGAGAAGACCUUGGAUGCACAUGAAAAAUCUUUACAAGAACAAGAGAAGUCUUUGGAUUCAGUCUUAUAUGAACUCAAGAUGAAAGAGGGGAAAAUUGAAGAGCAAGCCAAAGAGUUUGAGUUAUUUGCUUCUCAAGUGAAGGCUGAGCAUUUGAAAAAGGAGAAUCAUUUUGCUUCAGUUGAAAAAUUGAUGGAAGAACGAGAGAAGAGCUUGGAUGCACUUGAAAAAGCUUUACAACAACAAGAGAAGUCUUUGGAUUCAGUCUCAUAUGAACUCAAGAUGAAAGAGGGGAAAAUUGAAGAGCAAGCCAAAGAGUUUGAGUUAUUUGCUUCUCAAGUGAAGGCUGAGCAUUUGAAAAAGGAGAAGCAUUUUGCUUCAGUUGAAAAAUUGAUGGAAAAAAGAGAAAAGAGUUUGGAAUCACUAGAGAAAUCGUUACAAGAGAGCAAACAGCAUUCGCAGAGACAACUUGAAGAGCAGGGCAGAGUGCUUCAAUCAAAGCAAGUUCUAUUUGAUUCUCAACAAUUGGAAAGAAAACAUCAACUAGACUUGUUUGGAAAAUCCGUACAAGAACGUGAAAAGCAGUUGAAUGCAUUCCAGGAGUUGGUUCAAGAGCAGAAAGAGCAUUUGGAUUCUCUCUCCCACCAGAUGAAAGAUAGGCAACUUGAAAAGCAGGGCAGAGAGCUAAAACUGAAGCUAACACAUCACGAGUCUCAAGCAAAGGCUGAGCAGUUGGAACUGACACCCGCUGCUAAUAAUAUGAUUAUUCCAUAUUGUACAAGUGACCAACCAGAUGGUAAAAUCUUGCAGUUGCCAAUCGAUGAGAGGUUAAACAAGGUUGAAUCGGAGGGUGGCGAAUUGUCAGCUCUUUUAGAUGCAGAUGAGAUUUUAAAACUUCUUGGAAUGAUUUCGCAGCAUAAGCAGACUUUGAAUUUGUGUCAGACACUUGGUUUUGAAGAUAAAAUUCCUGGUAAGUGUAUUAAAAAUGAGCCUUCCUAG